AUGGGUUGGGGAUACACGGAUUUCAUCACCUUGGCAUCUGACAAGUCACAGUACCUAGGGCACGAUGGCUCCCUUACCAUCUGGUGCCACGUUGAGGUGGCCUCCAAGCCCGAGUCCUCUAGCAUCGUCGGAGGCGGAGCCGCAGCCGCCCGCACCAUCGCCGUGCCACCGUCCAACAUCGCCUGCCAACUCGAGCAACUGCUGGUCCGCGGGCAAGAGGCGGAUGUGGAGUUUCUGGUGGAAGGGGAAACCGUGCUUCACGCGCACAGGCUCGUGCUCGCCGCGCGGGCACCCGUCCUACAUGAGCAGGCGGCGGCGGCGGCGGCGGAUGCCAGCAUGGACGACGGCGGCCGCGUACGGAUCGACGACAUGAGGGCUGUGGUCUUCGAGGCCGUGCUCCACUUUUGUCUACACCGAUCAGCUGCCUUAUUCUCCCGGUGGCCCUAG